CCUUGAAUGUUACAUACUACUCCCUUUCAUUCAAUGUUGGAAAUCUUGGCUUGGACAUCUUCCUGACGCAGCUUAUAUUUGGUCUGACUGAACUCCCAGCUCAUAUCCUUUGCAUAUGGCUGUUAGAAGCACUGGGGAGAAAAGUGUCACUGAUGUCAACUCUUCUGAUCGGGGGAUUCUUAUGCUUCUUAAUCCUAGCUGUUCCUCAAGAUAAUGCUGUUGCUAUGACCACGUUAGCAACUUCAGGACGUUUUUUCAUUAACUGGGCAGGAUCCAUAUGCAAUGUGUAUGUUCAGGAGCUGUUCCCAACAUCUUUUCGACAAACAGCCUCUGGUUUGGGCUCCAUUGCCAGCAGGGUUGGUGGCCUGCUGGCUCCACUGCUCAACAUGUUGGCUGUGUACCACUGGUCCAUACCCACCGUAGUCUUCAGCAGCCUGACACUGGUCAGUGGAGCCCUGGGCUUCCUUCUUCCUGAGACCAGGAGGAAAGAGCUUCCUGAUUCAACCGAUGAGGCUGAGGGCAACACAAAUAAGACCACGCUGAAGAGCCAAAGUGAAACAAAGAAGUUUGCACAAACCAUAUCUACCAAACUGUAGACUGAAUACUUCUGUUACUCUUGCUCCAUGUUUCUCUGCUAGCAGCAGAGACGGGUGGUUAAAAGUUUGCUUUGUC